CGCGUGACCAUGGCGGCUCCUGCUGUAGCUGGUGAGCAUUCCUCCGCGGACAACGUCUCCGAAGCUGCUAAAGGACCCGUGGAGAAUUUCUCUGAGGUCCAGAAACGACCGCAGUUCGGCACUCGUUUCCUGACAGACCCGCGACAGGUGUUUCAGCACAACGCGUGGGAUAACGUGGAGUGGUCAGCAGAGCAGGAAGCUGCCGCCCAGAAAAAAGUGCAGGAAAACAGUCAGCCUCUCCCUGCAGAAAAACAAGAGGAAUUUGACAGCAGAGCCAAUGAAUACUGGAAUGAUUUCUACACCAUUCAUGAGAACCGAUUCUUCAAGGAUCGCCACUGGCUGUUUACAGAGUUCCCUGAGCUGGCCCCUAAACAAAAGCAUUUACAAAACACAGAAGAGAAGGAAACCACAAAUAAUGAACCCAUGAAUUUAUUAAACGGUGAACAUCUAUCCUCGUCUCACAGUUAUGGUACAUUUCCUGGAGACUCAUCAUCUUAUCGGAUACUGGAGGUAGGCUGUGGAGUUGGCAAUACAGUGUUUCCCAUCUUGAAAACUAACAAUGACCCAGGACUCUUUGUUUACUGUUGUGACUUCUCUAAUACAGCUAUAGAUCUUGUCAAAUCAAAUCCAGAAUACGACUCCGCACGCUGCCAUGCGUUUGUCCAUGACAUGAGUGAAGAGUCCGCAGAGUAUCCAAUGCCAAACCAGAGCCUGGAUGUCAUUGUCCUCAUAUUUGUGCUCUCUGCUCUGCAUCCUCAGAAGAUGCAGAACGCUAUUAAUAGAUUAGCACGAUUGCUAAAGCCAGGAGGAGUACUUCUACUCCGAGACUAUGGUCGCUAUGACAUGGCACAGCUUCGUUUCAAAAAAGGGAGGUGCUUGUCUGAACAUUUUUAUGUUAGAGGAGAUGGAACACGCGUCUACUUUUUCACGCAAGAUGAGCUGCAUGAUUUUUUCUCCAGUGCUAGCUUGGAAAAGGUGCAGAACAUGGUUGACCGGCGCUUACAAGUGAACAGAGGGAAGCAGCUGACAAUGUACAGAGUUUGGGUACAAUGCAAGUAUCGCAAGGCUUUGGCACCCUCCUAAGAUCGAAGCUGUUGUGGUGAGAUUUGACCUUGAAGCAAUGUUGUCAUAUUGUGACAUCAAUUUUAGCAACAGUUUAGAGAAAAGCAUAUUUGGUUUGAAUGGACCACCAUGCUGAAUCCAUGGAAGUGAAAUGAGGCUCGAUCUUAUGCAGUCUACUGAGAAAGGCUGGUGAAGGGCUUCUGUUCCUACAAUGCACCAGUGGACUCUUAACUGCCUGGCCAUCACAUUGACUGAUGCUUUUAUAGUUGUUAAAGAUUUUAAUCUUAUAAUAAAUGAGUAUGGUGUUUCACAGAGGCA